AUGAACGGAAAGAACAAAAUGAUUGAACAGCAAAAACCUGCUGCUGGGUCUGGCUCUGGCUCAAGCUCAGCCUCAGCAUGGCCAAAAUAUUCCAUCGGUGCCAGUGCUAUUCCUACCCGUUUCAGCUUCAUGAAGCCAGCAAAUCUUCCUAUCUGCCCUACUUCAUUUAACGGUGUGAACCCAAAACCCUAUUCCAUGAAUCAGGUUGGUGGUGCCGGUUCCAGUGCUGGGGCAAGUAGCAGUGCAACUAAGACCAGUUUCAUCCAAGGGUGCCAUUCCUUUGCCGUGGGAGGUGAAAAAACCAACACAGAUAAACCCCCAAUGCCUCCAGUGGAGAACUCUGCCAGAACUGAGGCGGCCAAUGUGGAUGUUGCUCAGGUUCGUGGGGGUCAUCACCCGGAACAAAACAUGGACCCCAAAAAGCUUAAACGGGUCAUUUCAAAUCGUCUCUCUGCUCAGAGAUCAAGAAUCAGGAAGAUUCAGCGUCUCUGUGACAUGGAAAAGAAGGUGCAGUCUUUAGAGACACUAGUUGCUGUGCUCUCCUCUAAAGUUCAACGAGAAAAAGACAAGCAUUUCUUGCUGCGAAUCGAGCAACGAGAAUUGCGGGAACGAAUUGAAGCUUUCGCUAACCGCGAAACUAUGGUGGAUGGUAAAGCAUUUCAAGUCUCCUCAUUUCACUGUCAAAACUUUUGUCUUCAACUAAAAAAGAUGGAACAACAUCAAUUCUCGAAUCGAAAAGAGAAGAGCGGAAGUAGAAAGCCUGAGGCAACCGCAGUUCACUCCACAACAACAACAAAUGCAGGUGCAGACAAGGCCUGUUUGGGAACAAGGACUGCCGACUGA